UUUGUCAAUGUAUGCACACACUUUCCCCUUUUUCCCACUGAGUUCUGUGGAAUUAUCCUCUGAGAGUUUUACUCCCUAAAAAGAACAAAACUUAACAUAAAUAACUGUGAAACUGUGCAUCAGCGCCUGUUCAAGACGUUUCUUCUUUGCUGCUCUUCUCUCACCAUGAAGAACAUUGCACAACUCUUUUUAGCAGUCUUGCCAUGGCUGCUAUUCCUGUUCACUCCCAAAGGGUUUUGUUACCAGAGUGUUCAUUGCCAGUGGGGACCUUUUGGUGAUUGGUCAGAGUGUAAUCCCUGCACCAAACUACAGACAAGAAGCAGAGCCAUGGCUGUCUAUGCACAGUUUGGAGGGAACCCCUGUUAUGGAGCACGAACUGAGACCAGGGCCUGCGAAACCACACAAGGAUGCCCUCUAGAGGAAGGAUGUGGAGACAGGUUUCGCUGUGUUUCAGGGAAGUGCAUUAGCCGGUCCCUGGUGUGUAAUGGAGAUCAGGAUUGCGAGGAAGAUGGGCUCGACGAACGUGUCUGUGAUCUUGGACGCAAUAUUGUAUGUCAUAACUCAGUUCCUCUACCUGGCAUUGAACUCCUAGGACUUGGGAUUGAUGUGACAUCAGGGGCGUGGAGGGGCAGUGUUAUCAAUACAAAGAGCUUUGGGGGUCAAUGCCGCACCAUCUUCAGCGGUGUCCACAAGGCUGAGUAUCGACUACCCCUUAGUACUCUCCACUACAGCUAUAUGGUUAAAGCUGAGAAUGAUUUCAGUGAUGAAAUGUACAAAAGUGAAUGGCACUAUUCAAAGGAGAUUACCAAAAGACAUACAGCGUCUGGGACGACAACAGGAUAUCAAAACUAUGACUACCUACAGAGUCGUGGCUGGACUCAGGAACACAGGCUUUUGGUUUUAAAGAAUAACAUAGAGGUAGCUCAAUUCCAGAGUAACUCCCCUCAGUACCUCCCAAUAUCUGAGGAGCUGUGGAGGGUAUUGGCCAAACUUCCAUCUGUCUACGACUACUCCGCCUACAGGAAGGUUCUGGAGAGGUUUGGAACACACUACCUGUCUGAAGGAAGCCUUGGGGGCUCCCUCAGAAUAAUCGCCAGGAUUGAUAGUGAGACUACAAAAUACCUAG